AUGUUUAAAGUAAGUGAGCCUCAGAAAUGUGUUGAAAAGGCUUUUUUGGUAUUUGGAAACAAAGUUUUUGCAUUUUGAAGGCUUUUUGGCUUAAAAAACGGAGUCAUCGUAUAACUUGUCACUCGCAGGCUGCAGAAUGCUUUUUUGUUUAAAACCGCCAUUUUUUUGCUUUGUAAAGAAAGUUCUUGCUAUUUUUUUCUUUGUAAAGAAAGUUCUUGCCCUUUUUUGAUUUGUAAAGAAAGUUCUUGCUAUUUUUUUUUCUUUGUAAAGAAAGUCCUUGCCAUUUUUCGAUUUGUAAAGAAAGUUCUUUCCAUUUGUUAUCCAAAACUCAAUUUCAAGUAUCACCUCUCAACAUACGACACCAAGUUACCGUAGUAUUUUCUUACAAAUACGUAAAAACAACAAAGUACACAGACGUUUAAAGAUAGUAACAACAUAAUAUAACGCAUUAACCACCAUGUUACGUUCGUAUUCAUUGACAAGAACAUUCGGUCCGUCUUGACGUUUAUUAUAGGUCAUUUCACAAGUACAACAUUGGUGGUCAUUAACGUUAUACUGUGGUGAAAGUCUGAGAAAUUGCAAAAAAAAACAAGAAUAGCAAGAACUUUCUUUCCAAAACAAAAAAUGGCAAGGACUUUCUUUACAAAACAGAAAUUGGCAAGAACUUUCUUUACAAAAUAAAAAAUGGCAAAAACUUUGUUUACAAAACAAAAAAUGGUAAGAACUUUCAUUACAAAGCAUAACAUGACAAAAUUUAUAAUAUGCAUGUCAUAAACUUUCAAAAACUUUGUUUCCACCCAAUGUUCCUCGAACCCUUUAUAAUCAAGCGCACCGUUGCUUAACUUGCCAGAUCGGACGGGACCGCGCUUUCGCACUGUACAAAGAAGACAAAUGUCGCUGCACGGUGCGGAAAUUAACUUUUUGGCAAUAACUUUGCUUACAAGGACAGGAAAUGACAUUUUUUUUCAACUUUUGGCAUUUUUGGAAAGAACUUUCUUUACAACUUUAAAAAUGGCAAGGACUUUCUUUACAACUUAAGAAAUGGCAAGAACUUUCUUUAAAAAUCAAAAAAUGGCAAAAACUUUCUUUCCAACCUCAAAAUCUAUUAAAAACCCAAAAACCAAAAACCGCAAGAACUUUCUUUCCACGUCAUCUCUAUUUACCCACAAUUUUAUUCGUAUUUUAUUUACUUUCCAUUAUACGAAAAAUGCUUUCAAAACAACGCCCUAAGGGCGGUUAAUUUAAGCAAACAAAAUAAUCCAAAAUAGACUUUAAUUGAUGACAUAAACAGAGAAGAAGAUCUCCGGAAGACUACGCAAUAACUGUCACAAAAAUAGUUGAAAAAAAGCAAAAAAAGCUUAAAAAACGGAUUUCCGGUCGAAAAAUAAAAAAAAAAGUUUUGUAAACAAAGUUCUUGCCAUAUCUUGUUUUGUAAAGAAAGUUCUUGCCAUUUUUUGAGUUGUAAAGAAAGUUCUUGCCAUUUUUUGAGUUGUAAAGAAAGUUCUUGCUAUUUCUUGUUUUGUAAACAAAGUUCUUGCCGUUUUUGAUUUGUAAAGAAAGUUCUUGCCAUUUUUUGUUUUGUAAAGAAAGUUAUUGCGUUCGCAACAAAAAUGCGUAAGUUUUUGUAGUUUUUAUCUUUUCUUUGCUUAAAAAUGGGCUUGUCGUAAAAAUUGUCACUCGCAGGCUGCAAGCCGUUUUUUAUUUAAAAAGUUACCAUUUUAGACAUUAUAUAAAUAUUUCAAGCUAUUUUAAGUGUUGUAAUGAAAGUUCUUGCUAUUUUCUGUUUUGUAAAGAAAGUUCUUGACAUUUUAUGUUUUGUAAAGAAAGUUCUUGCCAUUUUCUGUUUUGUAAAGAAAGUUCUUGACAUUUUAUGUUUUGUAAAGAAAGUUCUUGCCAUUUUCGGUUUUGUAAAGAAAGUUUUGCAAAACCAAAAAAAUUUUUAAAAAAUGCUAUUUCCUGUCAUUGUAAACAAAGUUCUUGCCAAAAAAACUAUUUUCUGCACCGUGCAGCGCUAUUUUUCUUGUUUGCACAGUGCGAAAGCGCGAUCCCGUCCCAUCUGGCAAGUUAAGCAACGGUGCGCUUGAUUAUAAAAAGUUCAGGGAACACUGGGUGGAAACAAAGUUUUUGAGCAUUUUAAAGCAUUCCUGUUAUAAACUUUGUCAUUUCUUAAUUUUUAAAGAAAGUUCUUGCCAUUUUUUGUUUUGUAAACAAAGUUAUUGCAAUAUUUUUGAAAUAAAAGUAGAAAUUGGCGUAUUUUACAAUAAAAAUGGUAGAGAAAAAUACUACCUUUAUAAAAAAAAUUAAAAAACUCAUCUUCUGACAUUUCUAAUAUUAUAUGAAACUAUUUAGGGUGUACCAUACGCCGAGUCACCGAUCAAUGAAAGCCGAUUUGGUCGACCAAAAGAGAAGAAACCUUGGGAUAAUUCAUGGGACUGCACUAACUAUCAGUCCAACUGCCCUAAUAUUAGUCCAGUCAGUUUGACUAACGCUAAUGGAUCUGAAGAUUGUUUAUAUUUGAACGUUUUGGCCAACAAAAAAUGCUUUGUAAGUUAUAUUUUAGGCUUAUUUUAGGCUAAAGAUGGCAACAACUUUCUUUACAGAACAAGAAAUGGCAAGUAAUUUCUUUACAAAACAAAAGAUAGCAAGAACUUUCUUUACAAAGACAAAAAAUGGCAAAAAAAAGGGUUUUUCUGUCGAAAAAUAAACAAAUCUGACACUUCUAACUCCGUAUAAUCUUAAAAUUGCAAAAACUUUCUUUCCAAUACUAAAAAAAAUGUCGAAAACUUUGUUUCCACCCAGUGUUCCUCAAACUUUUUAUAAUCAAGCGCACCGUUGCUUAACUUGCCAGAUCGGACGGGAUCGCGGUUUCGCACUGUGCAAAGAAGACAAAUGGCGCUGCACGGUGCAGAAAUUAAGUUUUGGAAAAAAAAUUGUUUACAGUGAUGUAAAAUGGCAUUUUUAAUAUUUUUCCAAAUUUUUGCAAGAACUUUCUUUACAAAUUUUAAAAAUCUUUAAAAACCUGCAAUAACUUUGUUUACAGUGAUGAAAAAUAGUCAAAAAUGGCGUAAAAACAUUUUUUUCAAAAUUUAAAAAAAUACAAAUUUUAAAAAAAAAUUUUUGUUUUCAGGACAACAAAUGCCCAGUAAUGUUCUACAUUCACGGCGGCUCCUUCUACUUCGGCUUUCCAUUGGAGAUCAAAGAAGAGGAAAUAAUUGAGAAAUAUGUGUCAAAGAAUGUCAUAUUUGUGACAUUGGCGUACCGUGAGAACAUUUUUGGAUUUCCAAACUUUGUCAAUACAUUUGUCAACAAAAACCAUGUCAAUUUAGGAUUUUAUGGUAAGAACUUUGUUUGCAAAACAUAAAAUAGAAAGAACUUUCUUUACAGAACAUAAAAUGCCAAGAACUUUCUUUACAAAAGAAAAAAUGGCAAAAACUUUCUUUACGCGUCAUAAAAUAGUUUGAAAUUCCUAUACAAUGUCUAAAAUGGUAGCUUUUUUUAUUAAAAAAACGGCCUGCAGCCUGCGCGUGACAAGUUAUACGAUGAAGCCGUUUUUACGCCAAAAAUAGAAAACUGCAAAAACUUUGUUUCUAAACUCAAAAAAAAGCAUUUUUUAUGUGAACGCAAUUACUUUGUUUACAAAACACAAAAUGGCAAGAACUUUCUUUACAAAACAAAAAAUGGCAAUAACUUUCUUCACGCCCCAUAAAAAUUAAAAAAAAACUCAUUUCAGACAUUCUCCAAGCCCUCAAAUUUAUCAACCAAAAUAUCAACCGAAUGGGCGGAAACCACAAAAAUGUUACCGUAAUGGGCAAUUCCUCCGGCGCUUCGGCCGUCCUGUACCUAAUAUCUAGUCCAGCGGUUGAGCCUGGGCUUUUCUCACAAGCUUGGGUAUCUUCACCUAUGCCCUAUGUUAGUCCAGCCAGAAAUGUGGAUAUGACCACUGUGGUGACAAAAAGCGUUGGCUGUGGGGAAAUGUGAGUUUCAAAAGGCAAGAACCUUCUUUACAAAACAAAAAAUGGCAAGAACUUUGUUUACAAAACACAAAAUAGCAAAAACUCCACCAACUUUUAACAUCAAAACAGUUUCCAAAAAAUGCACUAAAUUGUGAAAGAUGACAAAUCAUAUAAUAGAUCAAUCAUAAACUUUCGAAAACUUUGUUUCCACCCACUGUACCGCGAACUUUUUAUAAUCAAGCGCACCGUUGCUUAACUUGCCAGAUCGGACGGGAUCGCGCUUUCGCACUGUGCAAACAAGACAAAUAGCGCUGCACGGUGCAGAAAUUAAUUUUUUGGCAACAACUUUGUUUAAAAUGAUGGAAAAUAGCAUUUUUGACAUUUUUAGAAGUUUUUGCAAGAACUUUCAUUACAAAAAUGAGAAAAACCCAGGAUUUUAGUUUAAAAUCCGUUGUUUGCACUUUUUUUCAAAUUUUAAAAUAUAAAAACUAAAAAAUUUUAGUUUCCUUUUUUGACAAUUUAAUCUUGUUACAAAAUGCGACUUAUAAAACAUGAAACUUUCCGGUUCAACAGUAUUAGUUCAUGGUACUUGCUAAUAUUGUCUCUAAUCCUCCACCCCCAUUUUUGUUAGCUACGUCACGUCAUAGCCAUGUAAUUACAUGUUACUAUAGUAAGACACAAUAAUAUUGUAUUACUUUUUGAAAAUCUAUAUUAAAAGAUGUAAUUAUGCAGAGAUUGUUAAUUAAUUAGCUAUGAUAUUAUACUAAAUAGUACUAUUUCUUACUGUUAUACGUUUUUAUGGUAAUACUUUAUGAUUAUAGUGUCAGACAAUAAAAAUGUAAGAUUAAUAUGCAUAUACAUCUAAAGAUAUAUGUCCACAUACCAAAGUAGUAAAAAAAGUCUUGUCGCCAUUUUACACGUCUUUACACAGUAAAAAAACGACAAAACUUUUUUUUUGUUUUAAUACAUAUAAAUAUUCGUAGACAAUACUACAAUAAGAUUAAAACUAGCCAAACAAUCAUAAUUAUCAUCGAAAUAAAAUUUUUAAUUGCCUAAAACAUAUAAGCCAUGUGGGUAUAAUCACUUUUUCAAUGGUAUAUUACUCACAAAUCUUUAUGUUAUGACUGUUACUAAUCUUAUCAGAACAAAGGUAAUAUGUCAAAGGAUUCAUAUUUUAUAUUAUGAUGAUAAUAUAAUGGCUUUAGUACUUUGCUUGGCUCUAAAAUACAAAAAACUAGAGAAAAAAAACUAAAUUUCUGUAAAGAAAGUUUUGUCACAAAUUACCAAAACAAAAAGAAUGAAAUUUUAUGUCAUUGUAAACAAAGUUAUUGCCAAAACAUUAAUUUCUGCACCGUGCGGCGCUAUUUGCCUUCUUUGCACAGUGCGAAAGCGCGAUCCCGUCCGAUCUGGCAAGUUAAGCAACGGUGCGCUUUAUAAAGAGUUCGAGGAACACUGGUUGGAAAAAUAGUUUUUGAGCAUUUUAAGGCAUGCCUAUUAUAAACUUUGUCAUUUAUUGUUCUGUAAAAUAAAAAAAUUUUAGAAACCCAAAAAACACCGUAGCAUCAUUAAACAUUCUCAGUUGCCUCAAGAAAAUACCUGAAAAAGUACUGACAGAAGCUGUCUUCAACGGUCUAAAACAAUAUGAAUGGACUCACACCGGACCUCAAACUGAAGAAAUUUUGUUUCCAGUUCAGAGUUUUGAUCAACUACUCAAAUGGUGGAAGGUUAGACCACUCCACCUUACCCUGCUCAACCCUACCCUACCCUACCCUACCCUACCCUACCCUACCCUACCCUACCCUAACCUACCCUACCCUACCCUACCCUACCCUAUCCUACCCUACCCUACCCUACCCUUGCCUCAUUAUCUAUAGUAAUACUAAACUUCAGCCCACCCGCCUAUGGAUAUCAACAACCACAGAUGAAAUGUCAAUCGAAUCUAGCCAGUCGAACUUACACAUGUGUCAACAUUACUGUGGUAUCUUCGGCUACACCAAACCUACAACUUUAGCUUUCUGUGCCAAAAACUUUGACAAUCGACGAAGGAAAAUAGUUCAAGCCUAUCAUGCAUUAGGCUUAAGAUUGGCUGAGGUUAAUGAUAAGGCUGGUGGACAAAGUUAUUUGGAGCUGUUUGGUCAAGAUGGUCACACUGGGCAUGCCAACGACCUGACAUUUGUUAUAGGAUGGCAUAAGAACGGCAGUUUAAAUGAAAGUGACAGUGUUCUGGAUAGAGAGUAUAGGCAAUGGCUUGUCAACUUUGCUUAUGGUGAAGAUCCUAAUUUAGGUAAUAAUUUUGCCAGGAACUGUGAGAACUUUCUUUACAACACAAAAAAUGGCAAGAACUACAUUUACAACAAAAAAUUUCAUAAAAUUUCUUUACAAAACAAAAAUUAGCAAUAACUUUCUUUACAAAACAAUUUUUUUUUCAGAUUUCAAGCCAUUUUCAUUGGUUAACCAAGGUUUUUACUAUGUAAACUAUACCGUAUCUAACGGUACAGUACUAAACCAACCAAAGAUGAUCUGGAACAGGCCUUUAGAUGCCAAAGCCAAUCAAUUUUGGCUAACAGACUUGGCUUUCAUAGAAAAUCCAGAAGCUUUCAACACAAGUUACAGUACCACCACCUACAGUACCCCUCAUUCGCAUACAAAACCUACAUUACCUCAUCCUAUAGAGAAGAAUAGGACCUUUAAUUAUCAUUUUAUGACAUUUUUAUUACUAUUUUUGACAUUACUACUAUUGGCUUUGGUGAUAUUGUUGUUGUGGAAUCGACUGCAUUAUCGACCGAAAACUACAAUUUAUGUGGAUACGGCUAGCGAGCGAACGCCAUUGAUUCAAACUGACAAUUAA